UUAUAUGGCUACCUGGUUUCGUUCUUGAAGGUCAAAAUCUAUGGAGGGUAUAGGAUAGUUACCCAUUUUCCCCUUCUAUUUUUGUUUCUUUUGCCCCCCCGAAGAAAUUUGAUGAGAGCAAUCAAAGUGAAGAUGAUGCCCAAAUUGGGGAAUCCCCAAAACCCACAAGCUAUUUUUGCUUCUCUCUUCCACUCAACCCUAGUUUGGUUUGCUAAAUGGAAGAGCAAAUGGGAUAUCUCGAAGGACGAAGGGAGCCAUCAACAACCAUCCAAGUCUGAUGCAGCAAUGCCUUGGACAGCCAUAUGUCAGAUAUGCAGUUCGCCAAAAGAGGGCUAAUGCGAAGAGAGAACUUAAUGAUCUUUUGAGCGGCAAGCUAUCCAAAAAUUACAUUUGGGAUCAAAAGUUAUCUUGGGGUGCUGAAGAAAUUACCAGCGGGAGGAAAGAUAGUUCCCACUCGGAGAAUCCUAAGAGGAACAAAGGUUGGCAAAAUAAGAAGAGCUUCUACUAUGACGAUGAUUGUGAACAAUCAGAGCCAAACUUCUCGGCAACUUUUGGUGGGCACAAAUUUUACACUUGGUCAUGGGAAAACCCUAACUUUCAGAGCUCCACAUAUGGCUUUGAAUGGAGAGAUGAGACGAAUUGGGAGAAAUCAAAGAAGAGAUUUUGUAAUGAAAGUGACGUAGAGGAUGAUUCUUCAAAUGUUGUAGGUUUGUACUCUCAUAGAGUUGCUCUUGGAUUGCCUCCCACAGGUCCCUUGAAGUUGGAUGACGUGAAAUGCGCUUUUCGAGCAUCUGCUUUGAAGUGGCACCCUGAUAUGCAUCAAGGACCUUCACAGGCUAUAGCAGGGGAAAAGUUCAAGCAAUGUGUUGAUGCAUACAAUUCACUAUGCAAUGCACUGAAGUCCUCACAAGUUGCAUGCACUCAAUAAUAUAUAUACAACUCAACAUUCGGAGUACUUGUAUACCAAGAGAGCAACGUACAUUAUGUAAUAUCAUAAUUUUAUUCUUCCCAGUUCAGAAAUGUAUGCCAAAUUCUUGUAUAUCAUAAGCUCAAAUUUCAUAUAUACGUCACGUCUUUUGCUUCUUUGUUGUA